GUGGGUACGAGCGAAGCCGGCGGUCGGGAGUUGAUGACGGCUGUGACGGGAGUGGAGGAGCGCUGGUUGCUAAGGCUGCCCUUCGGUUUCCGCGCCGGGAUUUGAGCAGCCGACGUGGACCAAAGGGACCCGGACUGGUUGGAGGCCGGUGUUUGAUGGCGAGCUUGAUACCGACUGUGACGACUGAGCAUUAUGAGCUUUCUUUCUUCAACUGUAUUUUUGAGAAUCGCCAACCCAACUUCGUCCUUUUCAACUGAAUGGGAUAUGACCUGCAAUGAACAUUAAAUGCAAGUCCACUCAGCAAUUCUAAAGAUUAUAUGGGAUGAUACGCAUAAUCUUCCUCAAGCAUUGAGUCAUCUAUUGUUUAUUCAAGCUGUUUGGAUGGCGGAGGGAGUUUACUAGAGGGAAUUUUCCACAAUGCCUUUGUAUAAGUUAUGCCAGAAAAUAAACCCAUGAAUGUGGAUCAAAAAGAGACAGGGACCAUCACUGAUGUGUGCAGCAGUGAGGAGUUGCCUGAGGUGGAACUUGUGAGCUUGAUUGAAGACCAGCUUCCUCAGUAUCAUCUACGAGCAGAGUCGCUCUACCUCUAUCAGAAUAAGGACUGGGAGCAGACCUCGGAGCAUCCUGGCCAUGCAUCCAGUGGGCUUUCUCCUACUCAGGCUGAGGAGGCUUUCCGCUACAUGAUUCUCAGUUCUGAAAGGGUGGAUCAGAUGACUAGGACGUACAAUGAUAUUGACAUGGUCACACACCUUCUGGCUGAGAGAGAUCGUGACUUGGAAUUGGCUGCUCGUAUCGGACAAUCUUUACUGCAACGGAACAGAGUACUGUCUGAAAGAAAUGAUCUCUUGGAGGAACAGUUGGCGCAGGCUUAUGAUCAAGUUAACCAACUGCAGCAUGAGCUGUCAAAGAAGGAUGAGCUCCUGCGAAUUGUGGCCAGUGCUUCUGAGGAGAGUGAAUCUGACUCCAGCUGCUCCACGCCCCUCCGCCAUAAUGAGUCCUUUUAUUUGUCGCACAGUUUGAUGCAGUUGGAUGCAUUGCAGAGUAAACUGCGAGAACUAGAGGAUGAAAAUCUCUCCCUCCGUUCUGAGGCUUGUCACCUGAAGACUGAAACUAUCAACUAUGAAGAGAAGGAACAGCAGCUGGUCAAUGACUGUGUGAAGGAGUUGAGGGAAGCAAACGUACACAUUUCUAACCUGGCAGAUGAUCUUUCCAGAAAGAAUGAUGACAUUGCUCGACACCAGGAGGAGAUUACCAAUCUACUCAGUCAAAUCGUAGAACUUCAACUUAAAGUCAAAGAGUGUGCCAUUGAGAAAGAAGAACUGAAGCAACAUUUACAGGCAUCUAAAGAUGCCCAGAGACAGCUUACAGCAGAGCUGUUGGAAGUACAGGAUCAUAAUGCUGAGUGUUUGGGAAUGUUACAUGAAUCUCAGGAGGAAGUAAAAGAAUUGCGGAACAAAUCAACAUCAUGCUCACUUAACAGACCACAAUCCUGCAGUAUGUUCCCUAUGAAUUCAUUGGCUGCGGAGAUUGAGGGAAGUAUGCGCAGAGAGCUAAACCUGGAAGAGUCGCCCGUUCAAGAUCAAAGGAGCCAACGCAGACGAGUUUUCCAGACAGUCAGAAGUAUCAAUGAAACCAUACAAUCACACAUGCCAGCUUCUCCUUUGGGAUCUAUUCCAGGAUCUGGUUGCUCAUCUGUUAUCAUGACCAUGAAACCAACUGAUUCAAAAACGACAAAUAGCUCAGCUGAUGAAGCUGGUUCCCAUUGUGAACAGUCUAAAGUUGGAGAGCCAGGCACACCGGGUGGCAGAGACCUGUCCACUGCUCUGCGCCGUCUUUCUCUGCGUCAGGAGAAUUACCUGAGUGAGAAGAUGUUCUUUGAAAGUGAGCGGGACAGGAAGCUGAUGGACAUGGCGACAGAGGAGGAGGCCGGGUGCAGUACUCCAACAGAGAGUAUCAUGUCCACUGGGACCAACCUCAGCGAUCUAACAGAUAUGUCUUGCUUUUCUGGGGUGUCCAGUUCUUACCGAACAUUCCUACCUGAGAAACUACAGAUUGUGAAACCAAUUGAGGGCUCAAUGACUUUACACCAGUGGCAACAACUAGCGCAGCCUAAUCUGGGCACUAUUUUAGCCGAACGGCCCGGGGUCCUCACUAAAGGCUUUGAACUACAUCCAGAAGAUAGCAUCUACCACCUCUCCGAUCUGGAGGAGGACAGCGAGGAAGGAAUCACCUUCAAAGCUCAGCAUUCUUCCACCCCUGAGGAUAAGAAAGAGAAGAAGCUGGAGAAAGAGAAGGCGCCUUCAAAAGGGAUAGAAGCACCACCAGACAUUUUUCUGCCAAUAAAUAGCCUCUCUAAUGAUUCAACAGCUGUGCGGAACCCAGGCAAAUGUCUGUCACAGACCAACUCAACCUACACCUUCACUACCUGUAGGAUCCUUCAUCCCACUGACAUUGUUCAAAUCUCAGCAAGUACCGGAUAUGCUCCAGUGCCAAACGCAGCGAGUUCAUCCGUCAACGUGAUCACCAGUCCCAGUACCCCUAUCGCAACUUGCCGGCCAAGCAUUGGUGAAUCCUUCACAAAGAGGAGGGAGUCGACUACUACUCUGAGCACUACCAGCAGCUUGCAAAAGCUCUUGCAAGAUCGUGGAAUCUCUGCUGGAGUUUAUCAUUGUCCCCUACUGCAAACCCCACCAGUGGUUCCUCCCAAAAUGCUACCUAUACCCCGUACCCCACCAAACUCUCCCUCCCGCUCCCCAUGCCUGUCGCCAUUGCCCUUUGACAUGCGGGGAGCUAUUGAUAACUUCCUUGCCUCACGACCUGCGGAGACGCUGCUCCACGAAGUCUACUGCCUGAAGCAUGGGCGGAGCGGUGCCGACUAUGCUCCCACCAGUCUGAACCUGGUCAAGAAAUUGCAAAAAAUGGGAAUAACCCAAGCUGUGGCUCCAUGGAAUACCCCGGAGGGUGAUGACAGCCAAGAACGAAAGGCCAAGCAGCACCUCCAGGAAUCGGCAAUGUUCAUGGGGACUGGCAGCAGCCUGCUAGGAGCCUUGAGACGGAACCAGAGUCUUCCCAGUGUACUUGGUGGAUUCGGCAAGCCAAUACCAAAAAUGGGCACCUUCAGCGAGGAGAAGACAGAAACCAAAUUGGUUUUACCUGCAAACGAAUGACCCAUCUGAAUUCUUUAUUCUCCCCCAUCCUCCCCUCCCAAUCAAUCCUUGUUCCUCAACGCUUGAUCCAGCCUUGAGUAGUUUUAACAGGAAGGCGGGCUUUGUGUUAAUGUUGUAAUAAGCUCCUGAAAGUUUGAAGAUGGUAAGCGUAAGUGAAGAAAGGAAAUAUGAAAAAGAUGAAAUGAUUUGAGGUGAGAAAAGUAAAAGGAUUGAUUAGUAAUGAAACAAAGGCAGAAGGGAGGUGACAUGGAAUGUUGAAUGUUUUAAGGGUUUGUAAUGAAAAUGAAGGAUUUGUACAAUGGCUGGAUCACCAGUUUGACACUAAUGAGCAAGUCCAAGCUAACCACUGUUCCUCUUGCCUGUGGGAAUUAAUUUGCUGUUUCUGCUUCUGGCAUUUUGACAACAAAGCACAAAAUAAGGCAUUAAAGCACAUACUGAACAUUUUAUCUGGACAAACACUACAAAGGCCAGGCAGUGAUGCCCUUCAUCCCUGGCAGCCCCCAAAACAAGCCUUGCUAUUAUAUGUUAUCCAUUGCACACACUGCCUCACCACCUUUUGAAGAUGCAUGCAGAUUUAAAUCCCUGUACUUUUGAACAUUUUAAAGCAGUUACAUCAGAACCUAUUUCUUUAUCAGUUUGAACAGAAAUAUAAAUUAAUUGUUUUCUAAAACCAAUUUACUAAAUAAUAUUAUAGUGCUUUGACCAUCACAUUACCCCAAUUAAAUUCUGGUUUUGAGGCACUGUUUGAUCAGACAUUUCAUUUUUUUAGACCACUGUUUAAUGCGAAAUUUCACUUUUUAGCACAGCAGUAGAAUUAUUUGCACCUCAAAGUAUGUCAUAAUCACUUUUCACUUUAAUGCAGUCAAUUAUAAAGCCACCACAAUGUCAGCAUCGAAGGGAUGUGCUGAUCAAAAGUAUUGUUACCAGUGAAAUUGGUGACUUCCGGUGACUAAUACGCAAGCACAAGAGAUUGCAUAAUACAUAACCUAUCCCCAUGCAAGAGACUGAAAUGCAUUCAAUUUCAAUCCAUGUAUAUUCAAUAGUGAUUUUGAAUAGGCUUCAGAUGAUUGGCGAGUAGGCAAAUUUUUUUUUUUUUUAACUGGUGCUUCAAUAUCAUUAUAUUACUACUUCAUGUAAGCUCGUAAGGCGCGCAUUUUGUUUUGCUCUAUGUGGUAAUCUAUUUUAAAGCUAUGAAUAUGUCUGGCCAAAUUUAAUUUUGAUCUCUCGUAGCCUGCAAAAACCACCGGUGGAAUCGCUGGGUAGAAUUUGAGACAGCAUUAUUUUGUUUAACUUUUUUUAAACCUUCUCUCCUUCUCUCUUUUGGCUGUGGAAAGUUCAACUGGGGAGAAAAAUCUAGGGGUUGCAUGGUGGGGCCACGGAAUUCCCCUGCUGGCUUUUUGAGGUGUAGCAUUUAGAGGCAGGAAUUGAUAUGGAAAUGUAGAAAAUGCAGAUGGAGAUCUGACCACAGCCAAACAACAUGGUCUUUCAUUUGUUGUUGCACAGACCAGAUGGAAUGAAGUGGAAGUAAGAACAUUUAGAUAGUGCAAGUGUAAUUUCCAAUUUAAAUAUGGUGCCUGGUUAAUGGUCUCAAAGCUCAAGACCAUAGUGUUUUGAUGUUAUUAUUUAUAUAGUAUAGAUUGAUAUUGUAUUUAUUUCUAUACGCAUUCAGCUUUUCUUUAAGAAAGGAUCAUUGUCAUUUUUAGUGGGUAUGUUACAAUCUCGAACCUCAGGUCCAGACACUUUCCAUGCUGCACGUCAUAGGAAAGAUUGAAGACAAGAGAUGACAAAUUUACUCUCCCCUCAGUUUUGGAGUUGCCAAUUCUGAUUGGACAGAGUCUUCCAGGAAGUUAUCAUGCAGCUCCAAUCUUCCUGCUCCCAUUCUCCAACCUUUGGUCAUCCACCCUCGCAUGUCCCCUUCCCAAUCAGAAAGCAAAUAGACUUUGGCAGUCAAGAAUCACUAAAUACAGUAACAGUCAAACAUUUUCCCAUCUCCAUAUUUUUAAAUUCCAAGAUCAAACAGUGUAAUUCCAAACAGUUAGAACCCAGCUUUGAGAGUGCUGUGGGUAGAACACAGUAGGUUCCAAACUUUGUUUCAGAACAGCCUUGGGAUGGUAAUAUCAACAUGAAUGGGGAUAAUCUUAGGCUGACAGCUGUACUCCAAAGCUGACAUCAAAGUUCUGCAAGCUGUCGUGUCUUCAGAGUACGCAGGGUACAUUAAUCUUAACCUUGGACAUGGUUUUGCACUUUCAAGAAAAAAUGCACUUUUUUUAAAAAAAAGCUUAUUUGUAAUUCUAAAACAAUCUACAUGUAAUGUAGACUGGCAAUUUAAAACAAUUUGCAGAACAAGCUUCCAAGUCUUUAUUUCAGUUAUGAUUUGAAAUUUAGUUUCCAGGUGCAUUUUAAACAUUUACUAGCAAAGGAGAGAGUUUCAUCCAUUAGUCUCUGAUCAGGAGUAUGUUCUGUUGCAUUCUGUUCAGUGCUUACAGUUGGGUAGUCUGGCACAAGCCCAGAAAUCCUCGUCCACCUGCCAUUGAACAUCUGCAGGGAAUGCAGAGGUGGAACUUGCUGUUGGAACUCCAGGCGAUUGCAAUGAAACGGACAGUGGGAAUUCCCUUUGGAAUCCCACAUUGUUGACUGCUGAUUAGACGUAAAGGGCAGGGAACAGCAGAACAUCAGGAUAGAUAUAGGGAGAAUGCAAGAACCCAAAUUUAAUAACGUCUCAGACACUGCACACACCCUUUCACCCUGCAUGUUAACAGGGUUCAGUUCCACUACUACUUUCUCAGGUGAGUUGCAUUUCAGCUAUCCUUGUGCAUUUUUUGUGGAUUUAUAUCUUUUUGAAAAGGGAGUCAUAUUCACUUUCUUCCAUAAACUAGUAGAGCCAACAUAGGCGAAACCCAGUUAGGCUUGGUCAAUCUAAUGAAUAUAUACACUUCAUCCAGCCUGUGAAUUCAGAGCAGUUCCUUGGUUGACCAGUUGAUGCAGGUAUCUGAGGCUGGGUUAGAAAAGGGGGGAGAGAGAGAGAGAGAGAGCUGUUGGAAGGAUAGGAACACACUUAUCUGAUGGGCUUUUUGUUGAAUAGUGCCCUCCACCAAGUGCUCUGACUAAAGCAGUUUCCGACACUCUCCCACAAGUGUAAUGGACCAGCUGUGACUGCAACAGCUGGCUAGCAUUGUCGGUGAGUGGAAGUAUUAACCAAACAGGACUUGCAACCGCAAUAUGUAUACUGUACCUUGUUUCCAUAAGACUUUCAAGGAAUGAUGUUGCAAUCAUCAUAGCAAAGCUGUAAUAAUUACUGUGUCCCAUUGUGCAUCAUUGAAUUUACAUGAGUCUUUUAGGAAAUGAGGAAGGCUUCGGUGUUUUUCCUUGGAUGGUAGUUAACCAGAUGAAGAAUUGGGCACAUUAAAGAUAAAUUCACUCAAAGGGAUAACAAACUCUAAUUGGCCAGUUAUUGAAGUCUGUACUGCUUCCAGUUCCCAAUAUUUGUAUAUAUCUGGGCUCUGUACAAAGACAUUUCCCCAGCUCUGUGGGAAUCUGAGAAUUUCUGCUGUCUAAUUGAAAUACUGUUUAAGAAUGUAAAUUUACCAUUUAAAUCCAUCCUGUGAGAAAUGGGUUGUAUUUUGUUCGGAUGUGACCUUGACCUUGAAGCGAUGCAUGCCACCAGGCGAGAAUGUCCUAUCCUCACUGGUCGGGCUCUCUGAAUUUUCAGGGAAAUUCAUUGAAACCCAUUCAGUUAAGUUUGUAUCUAUUGCUUGCAUGUUUUGUUUAUAUUAAAUAAAUAUUGUAAAGGAGGGUGAGGGUUCAGGCUGACCAAAAGAUGAGUGAGAUGUUCCCAUUUGUGUGGCUGAUCGGCCAUUCGAGCACAAGCCCUGCCUUUCAAGGCCCAAGAGUAGAUGGUCCCAUAAGUGCAAUAUUACUGGUUCAUCCUUGUUGAGUCUGUGCAAUCCCCUGCCAAUGGCUUGAUUGCAUUUUCAUGGAGGGUAUCUGGGAAAUUCUUGCACUAUUUUUUGUAGGAGGAGAUAUCUUUAGUCUAGUGAAUUAAUAGUUGUACUAGCUAUUAUAUUAUAGUAUGUGGUGUUGUCCUCCCAUGUCUACUCAUGGCAAUAUCAGAAGAUAACUUGGCACCUGGCUGGAUGUACUUGACGCCUUUUGGUUCCCCUCCCAUAACUACCCUACGAAGAAUGAAUGGAAUUGUUCUUGCUAAACCUCAUUUGUUAUGCAAUAUUUGAUAUUUAUUGUAAUAAUUCAUGUAACUGCAAAAAUAUGUGAUAUUUCUGAGUCACUUCAAUUCAUAAAAGUUUUUUUUAAUUUAA